CUUUUAUAAAAAAAAAAAAAAAAAAAAAAAAUCGUGUGAUUUAACACCAUUGGAUUCCUUUUUAUGAAGUUAUUUGAAGUCAAAGGUCUAUGUCAACAACCCUGCAAGCACGCGUGCAUUGAAGGAGGAAAUUCAACGCUGCAUCAACGAAAUUCAGCCACAUUUAUGCAAAAUGGUCAUGGAAAAUUUCGACAAAAGAAUGCGUAUGUGCCAGUAAAGCCAUGGAGGCUAUUUGCCCUAUGUGCUAUUCCAUACAUAACCUGAUCCUAUGUACUUAACGAUUCAAUAAAAAAAUAACAAUUUAAAGAAAAAAAAAAAAUUGUGUUUUUUAUUUAAUUCAAAUCUUGUGUUAAUUUUGGGACACCCUAUAUAUAUAUUGCGUAGAAAGGGGCGCAAUUACGAGAACGUUUCCAAAUACGUGUCUCGCAUCGAACCAGCAAUGAGAGUCGAUUUACAUGGAGAAUUAUCCCCGUCUCUUCUUUGUCGUCAGAGUUAAAGUCCCACUGAUCGCGAUGAAUAAGGUCGGCGGCACAAGGCUAAGAUAUUGUUGAAGCCUGUCAGUAAAAUAAUGCUCGUAGCGAUCCCGCAAAUUAAUGCGAGAAUGCGAAUUCUUUUGAAGGAUCCCGUGGAGCUCAUGAUAUGAAGGUGUGUUAAUGAAUAUAGCGCGAAUGAAGGUUAUCACAGUAUAUUUGUUGAAGUAUAAUACAAGUGUUGAUGUGUUUUCGUGUAAAAAGAUGUAGUUAGUUUUGCUGGAAUAUAUCUGAAGGAGUGAUAGCCAGUGAUGGUUAAUAAGAGUCGUAAAUCUGGAUGUCUGAGGGAUGUAGUUUGAAGUUCCUCGAACUAUCCGCGAAGACAGUAAUGAAAUUAGGAAAGGGAAGAAAAGAUGGUUAAUUGGUCGGGGGCGGGUUAGGAUAGUUCGUUGGAAUGUUUAAGAAAUUCCAUGUACACCCAUUUUGUUUUAGUGAUCGUGUAGACUAGAGGAUAUCAAUGGAUAUUUCAAUGAGUUCUCAAGAGUAGAUAUUAAGAAGAAAAUAUUGUAAAUAACUGAAGAUACGCACGUGUGUGUCAAUAAUAUAUGACAUCCAAAGUUCUGAUAUGUUUAUUAAAUUCUAUAUAAUUUUACGAGAAAUUGUUUUUCUACGAUCAUAAUUUAAGAAAGAAUAAAUUUUCAUCAACAUUUUAAUCAAGAUUAAAUUAUAUUUUGUUUGAAUUAGAAAGUCAGGUCAUCUUUUCGGCACAAGUUUUGUUAACACGUUGACUGCCACGCGCGUUUUCAGUAAAAUCUACUUCAGGCCACGUGUACGGCUGUACAAAACGUAUUCUGCUGAGUAUUCCCACCGAUAUUUUAAGAAUGCGAAUCGCAGGUUGUUGCAAGAAUAAUCUCUCGCUCCGUUUGUUUCCAUAGUAUCAUGCUUGUUCAUUUAUUUUCGUUACUUCGCAUUUGUUUCUCAUCUCCCUAUUAUACAGGAUCAGUUUGACCCUUUGCCGAUUAACGAACGGUAUAACAUAAAAUUUCUACUCCAAUUCGUUGAAAUGUCGAAAAGAAAAAUGGAAAACUUAUUUAUUAGAGAGUUAAAUAGCAAUGAACAAGAAAGUUUUUACGAAGCUUACACAAAUUCAAAUAGCAGCGAUGAGAAAGAAAUCAGAUUUCCUAGAAAUAGAAAUGUAAAUAGAAUUACAUCGUCUGAGUCCGAUUCGGAUAUUGAUCAGUGCAAUCGUAAUGAUACUGAAUAUAAUGAAGAUUCCAUUGACGAAAUUUUGCAAGAAUUGGUCAUUGAUGAAGAAAGAAGAACUGAUGAUACCGAGGAAAAUACAAUUAAAUUUGGUGAAUGGAAUGAAUUUAGUGAUCGGCAGAAGUCAUUUUCUUUUUCCGGGACGGGCGGCCUCAUUAGGCAAUUACCAGGUGAUGUUAAUCCAUAUGAUGUGUUUGAGCUGUUCAUUGAUGACGAAAUAAUAAGCUUACUUGUAUCAGAAACAAAUAAAUACGCGGAACAAAAGUUAAAUAAAUCUGACCUAACAUCGUGUUCACGGAUGCAUAAGUGGAAACCCAUUAAUCCCGAAGAAAUAAAAAAAUUCUUGGGACUGAUUUUAUAUAUGGGGGUUGUAAAAGUAAACCCCAUUGCCAAUUAUUGGUCAAAAAGUCCACUGUAUAAUUUUCAAUUACCGGGUACUAUAAUGUUACGAAAUAGAUUCGAGUUAUUAUUCAGUAAUUUUUAUUUUGCCAAUAAUGUUUCCAUUGCCCAUAACGAUCGACUUGGAAAAAUACGUCCACUGUUUGACAAACUAGUGGGAAAGUAUCAAAAAAUAUUCACGCCUGGAGAACACAUUGUUAUUGAUGAAACGUUGAUUCCAUGGCGCGGAAAACUCAUCUUCAAACAAUAUAUACCAAAUAAAGCGCACAAAUACGGAAUCAAAUUAUUUAAAUUAUGCUCAAGCACGGGAUAUACAUAGGCGAUGAAAAUUUACUCUGGUAAAUCAGCUGAUGGUGUUAGAGAAACGGGAUUAGCACACAAUGUAUGUCUUCAGUUUGCAGAGAAACUUUUCUACCAAGGACGAACAUUGUAUAUUGAUAAUUUUUACACGAGUUAUGAGUUAGCGAUAUCAUGUUUAAACCGCAAAACCCAUGUUGUGGGAACACUUAGGAAUAACAAAAAAUUCCUCCCAAAAGAUAUUCUUCAUUGCAAACUAACAAAAGGGGAAAUGAUAUUCAAAGAAGAUGAUAAUGGGAUUGUGGUAUUCAAAUAGAGAGAUAUGUGGGACGUGAGAAUUUUAUCAACAAAACAUGCUCCUAUCAUGAUACUAAGUACAAAAAAAAAUUGUAGCAUUCAUGCUGUUUCUCCAAGCCAACAAACAUCUGCAACAUUGAAACUACUAGCUGUUGUUGAAUAUAAUGUAGGAAAAUGUGGUAUAGAUUAUUCCGACCAAAUGGUUUCUUAUGUCACAACAAUUAGAAAAGGAAUCAAGUGGUACUGAAAGCUAGUAUUCAACUACUGGGAAUUUCUGUUUUAAACGCUUUGACGGUUUACAAAAUUGCAACAAAGAAGAAUGUAAAUGAGCCGUUUAUUUUGAAAGUGGCUUAACUCCAUUUGUCAAUUUUUUCCGGUUGCUAUAAUUACAUGUACAACUUUAUCUUAUUUAUUAGUAAAGCAUUUCAAAUUGCUUAUAUUCCGAGCAAAUACGAUAAUUCUUGACACAUAAGUUUUCAGAGUUAGUUCAAUAAUUUAACCGUUUAUUUUGAAAGUGGCCUAACUCCAUUUAUACUUAAAUCAAUGAAUGAAAAUGAAAAUUUUAAAGUCCUCAAUUUAUUACCACGUCGGGGUAGAUCAAGAAAGUUCGAAAAUAUUGUAUUAACAUCACUGUAUAAAAAUAUCAGACAAAUUACAACAGCAAAAUUCAAGGACAUAAUUGACCUAUUACGAUAUAUACCACCGGGACAUCAUGAUUUCUUCAAAUCCCUUUCACACACACAAAAUCUAGAUGAGUAGUAAAUUGUUUUGUAAUAAAUUUAUAUUUGUAAUUUUGUACGUUAUGUAGUUAAAAAAUGUUUUGAAUCGCAUAAAUUAUAUUUUCGAAGUGUUUUAAAGAUAUGUAAAAUAAAUUGAGUAUUUUUUUUUUCAAUUUGAAGCAUCUUAAAUUAUGUUGAAUGGACUUGGGCACCUUCAAAUUUUAUAAUGAAUCUGAUUGUUAAUUUUGAAAGUGGCCUAACUCCAAUCUUGAUAAGAAAACGCAUAUUAUUCACUUAAUAAUUGCCACUAUUUUAAUAGGAACUAUAAAUUUAACACCCUUAGAUACACUUAAGUAGUAUGACUCAUUAAUGUCCUAUACCUAUACUUUUAAAUUCAUUGAAACGUAAACCCUUAAAUAUCUCGAUUUGAAGAUAAAUGGAGUUAGGCCACUUUUAAAAUAAACGGUUCAAAUAUUAGAAGAUUUAGGGAAUUAUUAGCUGCAAAAUUAUUAGGUCCGACUGAAAAUACAACAAAUCCUUGUCUUCGUCGGAAUCAGCAUAAUAUCGUCGUUCGGAAAAAUGAUUUCGGAGGAAGCAUUUGACGCGCAUGCAAAUAAUGUUAUGCAAAUAAAAGGCGUCGAAUGGGCCGAUCAGAGACACGAGAGAACUUAAAGAAAACAACAACUUAUUGUCCAAGUUGUCCUGACCAAGCCCAGCUUUGUAUAGAAUGUUUUAAAGUUUUACAUUCUACAAAAUUUUCUUAACACUAUGCUGUCCGACGACACCACAAUGGUAUCGUGCGCAAAUUAUCGGCUAAUGACCGGCGAUAUUACAUUGCUGUGUGCAUAUCAAUGGCCGAUGACAGCACUUUAGUAUCUUUUGUAUUCUGUAGGUGUUUAGUUUAGGUAACAAUAAGUUACAUACGUCUCAAGUUUUUUGUGUUCAUAAGUAUUUGUGCCCUUUCAUCAUGGCAGACGAAAGAGACGAUACGAUUAUUUACGAUGAAUGCGCAGACGUCUUGUCUGACGUUCCGGAUGACUUGGCCGAUUGGGAAGAAUAUAAUGGAUAUCAAAAAAAUAAAAGUAAAGCAGAAUCGUCGGAAGAUAAUGAAAUACCUAUUAGAAGAAUGCAGCGAACGCUACGGUUGCCAAUUGAUUCGGAUGAAUAAGACGAAUAAGACAGUGCACAGUGGUCAGACUUUGAUGUACUGAGGACUAAUAAUAAAUUUGAAGGAUGCCCAGGUCCAAACAUAUUUCCCAAAGAUACACAGAACGUCGAGGAUAUCGUAGAAUUAUAUAUUGGGAAUGAUCUAUUUGAAUAUAAUAGCAAUGAAACUAACUAAGUAUUACAGUCAAAAUUGCAAUAGAAGGAAACUGGAUAAAAAAUAUGCCAAAUUUGUGGACGUUACGGCACCCGAACUUAGAAAAUGGUUUGGGCUUGUUAUACUUAUGGGUAUUGUAAAAAAAGCAAGGAUCGAUGAUUAUUGGUCAACGAAUCCGUUGAUAGAUACACCGAUAUUUCACAAAACGAUAUCCCGCAAUCAAUUCAGACAAAUAUUAUCAUUUUUACAUUUUCCCGACAACAACAAUAAACCGGAUAAUGCCGACCGACUUUUUAAAGUGCAAUUCAUAAUUGAUUAUUUUUCCAAAAAGUUCAAAAAAAAUUUUAAUCUAAGUCAAAACAUCUCAAUUGAUGAAGGAAUGAUACCGUGACGUGGAUGGUUAAAUUUUAAAUUUUACAAUCCGUCGAAAAUUAUGAAAUAUGGCAUACUCAUUCGGAUGCUGUGUGAUUCGAUUAUGGGAUACAUUUCCUCAUUCAAGAUAUACUCCGGCGUUGGACAGCCUUUAGCUAAAACAAUGAUGGAACUAUUGGCACCUUCUUAUGGAAAGUGGCAUCACCUCUACAUGGAUAAUUAUUACAACAGUGUAGAACUUGCAGAGAAUUCACUUGAAAAGAAAAUUCGAGUUUGUGGAACGAUACUAGUUGAGAUUAGUAAAAUUUAACAAUUUAUAAUCUUCCAAUAAUGUCAAGAACGGUCGGCGGCAAGCCAAGUAAUCCGAAUUAGCGCUGCCGGCGCCAAGCGAAUAAAUUUUUACGAGACGUGCGGACGGCAUAGUAUUAAUAAACCAUUUUCGUCUUACUUUUAUAACAACAGUUUAUAUUAAUGAAUAUUCAAUAUAAAUUUAAGUUUAUAUUAAUAAAUAUAGUUUAUAUUAAUUAAUAUUCAAUAGUUUUGUUACUUCCUUUGCGAAAUAUCUUUUCAAAUACAUACGAAUAUCCUUCGCAAGUAGUCAAAUAAGCGUCACUCUAAUACGGGUGACACGGCCCAAUCAGAAAUUCUACUGUCACCCGAAUAUAGGUGACGUGGCAAUCAACGUGUUAAAAUGUAAUAUUUUUAACCCUUUUGCUACGGCAGUGUGCUCCUUCGGAGUGACUCCGCUGAACGGACCACCGUGCCGCCGGAGUAGCGUCACUGAACGGAACACUGGGUUGGAAAGUGUGCAUGUUACUCUUAGGUAAAAACUGUUGUUCGGACUUACAUCUUUCGAUGCAGCCUUGUCAUUCUCUGGAUCGUACUCUUCUUUAAGUGUUACAUUAACGACGUAUUUGGAGACUUUGCAAUUAUUGUAAAUACAAAUAUAAUUUAGGGUAAUUGAUAUGUGAAAUUAAAAGUCUCAAUAAUUUAAUUCACAAUGAUAAAUUUUAAAGGAAGGAUCGACACACAAUCCAACAUUACAGUUUUUACAUUCAUAUGUAGUUUCGCGUCUUUUGUCUAACUACGCACUUCCUUGGUUUUUUCCUGCCGAUUUAUAAACCGACGGAAAAUGUCAUUCUGUUAAUCUCAGUGGAUGAUUAUUGCUUGUUCGAUAUUGAUGAUAUACUUUGAUGAUACUUUCCCAAUAUUUCACUAAUUAAUUGCAAUUGAAAUUUUGCCAUAGAUAUCGGUCGUUUCAUCUUAUGUUUGAAAAGACAAUAAUUAUUCCACAAGCAAAUGUCCAACAACUGAAAGAAAAAGUUGCGGUAGCACUUUAAAGAUUUGCAUUUCGAAUUCACAGUGCUUAUAACCAUAUCAGUUUAUCCACUGCACUCAUUGAAUUGUUAUAGUCUAAUACGCAUACAGGUUUCUGGAUAACUCUGAUUACCGUUUUAAAUUCUGCUGUAUGCAUGAUAGAAAGCAUAUACACUUCUUUCUUAUCCAUCCACCUUAAGACUAAUAAGUUAUUAGAUGAUCUAAAUGCUGCCUCCCCUCUUUUUAAUCGUCUAUCAACUUUUGGCAUUUCUCCUUUUCCUUACGGUCCCGCACGCAUUUGUGCGAUUAUUAUGCAUAACUUAAAUAAAGCAGGAUUCGAAUUAUCUACAUAAAGGGUAUGGUCCUUUCCUAGAUAGGGCUUCAUAAGGGCUUCCAUUAUUGCUCCGGAUUUUCCAAUAUCUAGAUUUUCAAUAUUUAUCAUGGUAGAUGAUCUGGCAUAAACAAUUAAAUCUUGCACGAACCCUGUCUCACAGUCGCUCAGAAUAAACGAUUUUAUACCAAAUCUGUUUCUUUUUGAUGGGAUGUAUUGCUUAAAAGAAAGCCGCCCUUUAUAUAAAAGUAAACUUUCGUCAAUGCAUAGCCGUUGGUAAAGCUGAAAUAAUUUACUGAAUGCUUUUCUUAAUAUUUCAAUGACGUUCCGUAGUUUGUACAAGCGAUCAUUGGUACGACCGACGUCAUCGGUGAAAUGUAGCAUCUGUAGUAAUUUCAAAUAAUGGUCUCUAGUCAUUACUUCUCCAAAAAUAUCGCUACGCAGAAGUUUGUCUGUAUUCCAGUACUCUGCUAAUAAUAACUUCUUGUUGCAUGUCAUCAAGAAUAACACAGCAAAAAACAGUAUAAUUCGGCUAGUACUGUUCCAUCUGACUUGUUUACGUUAUUAUUAUUCUUUCGAGACCAAUAUUGA